AGCCCUGUAGGUUGGUCAGGGCAAGGAUGUCAUGUCACAUGGUUGAAUGACUCCAGGACAGAAUGCAGCUGCAAUCACUUAACUCACUUUGCAGUUCUAAUGCAGUUUGACACAGAUUCUGAACUGAAAACUGGCCAGAGCAGUAGACUGCAAGAGGUAGGGCACAGGACAGAAAGAACAAAAGUAAGUUUGUAGGGUCUGGAAAGGAAGGUCCUGAACGCGCAUCCCAAACUUUUUUCAUUGCUAUUUCGACGAAUAUCAUUUUUUUUUCAAACUCGCAUUCGUGGCCAAAUUUCAGCUUAUCUUACUUCUCGAGUGGCAGUUACAUUCCGUGUCCCGUCAAGGUAUUCCCGAAUUCCGCGCUGUAUUUUGUUCACAACGGAUCCUAUUUCCCGGGAAUACCCUUCCAGACACUGAGGAAAGGCUAGCCACUCCGUCAGGGUCUAAAUGCACUACUUUCUAACUACCCGUUUCCCGUCAAAUACCGAAUCCUAUCAACGUCUUCCCGAUUCUCUCACUGUAUUUUGUUUUUGUUGAGAUCCCGGAUCGCGGCAGUAUCCUACCCGACCCUGUGUUUAGGUUGUCUAGUCGAUUAAUCAUGUUGUUAUACAACACGCGUUAUUGGGGGCACUCAGGCGGGUUUUGGGGAGCAAACGUGAGUGUAAGACAAGAGAGAGGGGGAAAAAAAGAAAAAUAAGGCCUGUAGACCGGUUAUUGUUCUCUCUCUUCCAAACGUGCAUCUGGCGAAAGCGUUUCUAUUGGUUGAGAGAGGCAAUAUUUCUUUCUCUUCCCUCCUCCCUCUUGUCUAACGCCUCGUACUGGCGGCUUAAAACCCGCCUGAGCACCCAAAUAACGCCUGUUGAGCAGCCUAAGAAUAAAUAGUUGUGCCUAGGAGAUUAUCGUUUUAUUGUGUAACAGUGGUGUUUGAUAAGAGUGUUUUUGAGGACACUUUUUCUUAAAAAUCGAAAUGCCGCCAAAAUCAUCAAAUGACCCGGUUUCACUGCGUCUCUGGGGUCUAAUCUCGUAACCGUACGGACAGAGAAUAUCACUUAUAUUUGUCCUGCAAAUAUCUAAGAAAAGGUGAACAGAUCUUACAAAAGAAAGAGGUUAUAGCUCAAAAUGUUUUUGAGAGCCAGUUCGGAGUAAAACCAACCUGGGUGCCCGUUAUUCGAAAACAAGUCGGGCUCCUGAGAGCAAGAUUAGCCUGCAUGUAAGGCCGGCAUCAAGAGAGGAUAAAGGGGACAGAGAAGGCAUCGCCCAUACACACCCUAUUCCGUAGGUAAUUCGUCUCGAGUUAUUUUUAGAAUCGGGCUAAAGCUACCUCGCGCACUGCGUGGAUGUUUCGUGGAGCUAGCUGAGGUUUCGCAUGACUAAACACCGUGCAAAACAUGUCGGGCGAAAGGCAAUGAAAGCGUAAAGAGAUCGAGGGCAUUUCUAAAUUUUGAAACGAAAGUCGGCGCUGACCUGGGAAAAGGGAAUCGCUAGACUCUUUGACAACUAGUGAAAUCAGUUUAACUCGAAGUUGUCGUAACCUCAGUGCUUUAACAUAAUAAGAAAUUUCGCCGGUCUAUUGAAACCGGUCGUUUGUAAAAAAACGCAAGUAGGACGCCAAGUGUUAUUUUGUGGAAUAAUAAUAGACUAAUAAAAGAAUAAAUAUCAAACCAGAAAUUGCUCUCUUCAACCUGUAAAUUGUAAAUUAAAGAUACUGAGAGAAUAUUCAGUGUGUUAAGGAUUUCCCUGCUGUACUGUUAACUCUAUACAAGAGAGGAAGGGCGAUUCUUUUUUACUUUCCGUUUCGCUGACACAGUUUUAGCAGAAAUCUCUCUUUAGUCGUUUUCGUCGACAAAACGAAUAGCAAUAUCGCUCUCUGCGUCUUCCGCCAUUUUUUUCAGCGUCAAUUCGUGAAGGACGCGUGGUUCAUCCACGCGGAACACAUUCUCCCUAUGUGAUUGGCUGUUGUCUAAUCCCCCUCGGGAUCUGUGGUCUUAAAAAUAACUCGAGACGAAUUACCUAUGGAAUAGGGUGUGUAUGGGGGAUGCCUUCUCUGUCCCCUUUAUCCUCUCUUGGCCGGCAUCCAUUCAUGCAGCUGUCUGGUACAGUGGAGAUUAAAUGGUUUUCCGGUUGUUUUGUACGUAGAAAGAUGAAAAGGUGCUGAAUAUUCUGACCUACUUGGGUCUUACCCUUUCCCUAAUCGGAAUCAUAGCGACAAUAAUCUGCUACACAUUUCUGACGUAAGUACAUGUAACAUCUUUUUAAAACAUAAUCAAAUGUUUCAACACGACUCUAUAAGCCCAAAUUUUGAACGUUUUCCCUUCUUAGUCUUUAAUUUUUUCUUAUGUUAUCUUUUCUUAUCUAAUUAUAUCUUAUCUUAUAUCUUAUCUUAUCUUGUCUUGUCUUGUACUUCAUUUUAAUGCGUUGCAUUGUAUAGCCUUCUCUCCCUCCCUUCUGACUGAGAGAAGAGACGACCGGAAAUACGUCUGCGCUUCGCAGGCUAUGUAUUGUAUUGUAUAACAUUGCAUUUUAGGGUAGUGUAUUGCAUUGUAUUUUACUGUAUUGAAUUGAAUUGUAUUGUAUUGUAUGAUAAUUUGUUUUGUAUAGAGCGUUUUGAUAUGACGUAACGGAGGCAAAAAAACAAUGAAAACUAAAAAACUAUAAAACGGCGACCAUGUUGGUGUUCCAAACCAGUCUUGUGGGAGUUGAACUCAUUUUUAUGUAAACAAUUUCUUUUGUUCCAAUAAAUUUACAUAGAUGCUGGUCACGUGAAUGAAAGACGCUCUAUUGCGUUGCAUUGUUAUAAUACACAUUUAGAGAUAUUCCUUUGUUAGACCCACCUAGAGUGGUUUUGUUGAAGACAAUGUAAUUGUUUAUCUUUACACAGCGAUAUUAAAGCACCACUGUCACAAAUCCGGAUAAGUCUUGUCGCUUCCCUUGGAGUGGGCCAAAUAAUCUUCCUCGCAGGCAUUGGAGCAACUGAAAACAAGGUGAGAACUCGUUUCGGUGCUGGUCUUACGCAAAAUGUUGGAGUGACCAACAAGAAGUAUUAUGGUAUGUUAUGGCAUUUUCUGUAGUGGUCAAUUCGUCACUUAAGCAACGAGAAGUGAAAUAGGGCGGGUUAACUUUCGCAAAGACUUGGGGCUGUUACUAGUAACAGGGAAAAAAGGGCCAAUAUCUGACCGGCGCGUUCCUAGUAAUUAUAAGGGACCUUAAGAUCUAACAACGAGACCACAACGAGAACGUCAAAGAAAACAAUAGCUUUAAUAAGCAAAACAACAAUUUUGCACGUGCAUCACUCUUUUUUUUACAUUUCUCUUGCCGUUUUUGCACGACUACGACGUUAAAUUGCUUAAUCUCGCGUUUUACGGAGAACGUAAACAAGCAACGGCGAAAUUUUAUUUCUCUUUCUGAACUUGGAUAUGGUCCCUUGGAAUUCAACUUCACCCAGGAGGAUUCGCCUACAUUUGACAAAGUAGGUAGGAAUAAUCGCGAUAAAGAUUGAAAGAACGCAAAUUUACUUUUUAAGAGACGUUCUCGUUGCCGUGGCGUCGUUGGAUCUUAAAGUCCCUCUUAAGGAUCACAGAAACAAUUACGGGAAGCAUAUCUGCUCCACUUUCCUUCUCGUUUCUAAGGGCCUAUUUACAUAGAGGUGGGGAAAGGUGAGGUAACCUGCUAUGGUGGGGUAACCCACCUGCCCAUAUAAUUUCUCAUAUGGUCAUCCCACCUAUCAUGAAAGAGCUAUCAAAUCAAUGAGAGAUUGUAUAAACAGGCGGCCUAUAGGCCUCACCUAUAUGGGGUCCCCCACCUCCAUGUAAAAAGUCCCUAGGCAGGCAAAUUAACUCCACAUACUUUACUUUAAAUGUCCGACGUUUUAAUUUUGUGGAUUCCAUUUACUAUUACUGAAAUGGAAACAUAAGGCAAAAUGGGAUGUUAAAAAUUACCCGGGGUCAAUUUAAUAGAACUUUUACAAGUGUAUUUUAAACGUGUAGCUAUUGUUUUCAGACUCUACGCUUGUGAAUUACACUCGUAAAAGUUUUGUUACAUGAACCCUGGUCAAUCUAAAUAUUGAAGCUUUUCGGGGUACUUUCCUAGAAUUUGCCAAAAAGAGACAAAUUUAGUAAUCUUCCUAGUCCUGGAAUCUUAAGGUACAAGGUGGUAACAGUGUCCUUCAAGUAUGCGAGUUUUGACUACAUGUUGUACUUUGCAGGGCGUCUGUGUAACAGCAGCAGCCCUGAUUCAAUACUUCCUUAUGGCGGCUUUCUGUUGGAUGUUAAUGGAGGGAAUUUAUCUUUACUUGUUUGUUGUCAAAGUUUACAACGUUAGCAGCAAGAUGAAAAUUUGUCACGGAAUUUCAUGGGGUAAGUGUAAAGGGAUAAAUUUGCAUUUUAGUUUCUCAAAUGUUGGGCAAAGAUGAGGAUGAAACUAGUAAGUGUAGGACUAAAGACUGAAUGUAACGGCGAAAAAAAAACAUAAUAGCCUCAACGUUUCAAUUAAAUUUUAUCGAAGAAGCCAAAUUGACAGACCCAAAUCUCAAAUUUUGUUCCUGAUAAAUCCUUGAAACUCAUUUUCUGACCACCUUUGCAUAAAUGACAUUCUAAUGUUAUCAAUGCCUCACCUGAUAGUUGGCGACAAUUAUUCUCUCGAAUACUUCAAAGUGUGUUUUAAGUUUCAUGCGUGUUAUGCAGUGUAUAUAGAGUGGUUUUCGCACUUUUGAGUUUGUGCGUUAUUCCCGAAUUAAUAUUUUGAAUAUUCACGUAAAUUUUAUUAUUGAACUCCUCCCGCCACACCUUUGUUUCAGGCUUUCCUGCGGCAAUGGUCACUUUAUCGCUCAGUGUUGCUGCCGGAAUGGACGGAAUCACAAGUUUUGUUAGCGAUGAAUAGUAAGAAGAAAAAUGGUGAAAAGUAGAACACGUAAAGAUACAUCGUUUUCGUUUACCUAUGGGGGUGAAUUACCCAUACCCUUUCUCGAAUAUACACCAUUUUCCCUUCAUCACGGGGAAAUAAAUUUUUAUUAGUAUAGGUAAUAGCAUGAUUUGUAGUGAUAUUUGGCGUAAAUACCACGAGUGCUAUUUCGAAAUUGUUGUACGUUAUUUCACGAGCCGUUAGGCGAGUGAAAUUUGAGACAACUUUGAAAUAUCACGAGUGGCAUUUUUGCCAAAUAUCUCGUACAAAUCAUGCUAUUAUUUGUUUAUACUACUACCCCCAAAAGGUUUGUAAUUUUCACAUGUAGGUAUUUCAAAUAAAGCUGAAAUACCACUGCUCUAAGCCAAUCAAAUUGCAGAAAUUUCUCACGUAGUAGUAUAAACGUGAAAAUAUUAUUUAUUUUAAUAAAUCUAUAUCAACAGUUUCGCCAAGGGAGCAAACAUUUAAUUUUGUGGCAUAGUCAUUAAGGAUUUUUUCAUAAAUAAGGCCAAUUUCUAUAGCAGUUUAUCGAAAACAAUAUUCUCAAAAGGAAUCUUUGCUUAAUUCCAGCUGGGCGCGUAACAAAUACAGUAUAUUACAUGUACUUACACAUGCCUGUUAAAACAAGCAACAAAAUCGGUGAGACCUUAUCUGUUCUCCUUGGUUGUCCUUUGUUUGUUCCAUUCUUGUCAUUUCUCUUAUAACUCUCACCAAAAUCAACAAGUUUAUCUGAAAAAAUAACAGAGUUGAGAAAAAAGAAAACUUAAAUUAGAAUAUCACAACACCGCCCACGUGAUAGUGACUGAGACAAUCUUUCUCGUUAAAACAAAUCCUUUAAACCAUUCUCUUUGUUUUCUUUCAGUGCGUUUUUGCGUGUCACUUUUUUUAUCAGAUUAAACAAAAUACUGACUGAACUUACGAUCUCAAUUGCAAGAACAAACGAGACGAAUAUCCAGAUCAGUCCGUUAGAGGAAGAAAUCCAGCAGCUAAAACGAAAACAAAAUAAAUUAUAAAAUCUUCCAGUGUGUGUGCGUGUUGGAAAUGAAAAGGACAAAUGUUAACUGAUAUAUCUAUUCUCAUAUACGAACAUUCACCCAAGGAAAAUGAAACUUCAUUCGCACUAAAGAACAAAACAUUGUUUGUUCAUAAAGUGGCCAUAUCAUAUUAUCACUACUCAAACUGCUCUAUUGUGUUCCCUUCGUUUUUAAUUGACAACACAAUGACUUAGCUGCAACAACACCAUCGUCAUUCCACUGAUGACAGGCUAGGCUAAAAAAGUUAGAACGUUGGUAACAACGAUUCGUCUGUUUUAUCUUCUAUAUAUAUAUAUAUAUAUAUAUAUAUAUAUCUUUCAUUGAAUAUCUUAUUUAUUGGCAGACUUGGAAUCAGAGCAUGCGUGGUGCUAAUUCCCUUACUUGGGGUCACGUGGUUAUUCGGCGCAUUUUCGUCAACCUACAAAGCAUUCGCUUACAUUUUUGUUAUCUUCAAUUCCACUCAGGUGAGAUGCGAGCCCCCUUCUUUGCGUAUGCAUUAUUCAUAGAUUGGUAAACUAACCGUAGGGGCUGCUGUGUUUGCUAUUCGCCACUUGCACAACUCCCAUAAAGCAUCAGGCAAAGUGCACAUGAGGAUCUGCCAAAAAAGUUUUCUGCAACCAAAAAAGUCAUGAAUUAUGAUUGGGAAAAUAAGUCUACAUUUAGUCUGUGGGUCGCACCCAUUUUUUAGCUCAAAAAGUAAAUACUUAAUCACAAAUCAAAGUCAAGAAAUUAAAAGAAGAUAUGGCAAAGCUCGAAAUUAUUUCACUGAAGAUGCCCAAGGAUUAUAUAAGUACAUUUUUUGGAAAACUUUGGUGACAGUCUUUCUUAUUUUCCUACCCGCAGGGAUUUUCCAUCUUUCUUCUUCACUGUGUGAGAAAUAGUGAGGUAAGGACAAAAUGUUAAAUGAUUGCAAAUUUUAUCUUCUCGUGUUGCCGAAUUAUAAGUUAAGCAAUGUUUUUAGUAAGUCGAAACCAAACACAGAACCAAAAUCACAAGGAAUUUACCGUCAAACCCCUCGAUUACGAACACCUGUUUAUUACGGAAAGUUCUCAUGACCCAAAAACACCAAUAGCACCAGAGACAGUUGAUAACGGAACCUCCGCGGGCGCGUGGCGGAGCCCCCAUUGCUAUAGAAAAUGGAAACCUAUCGAUCGAUACGAGAAAAUUUGGUUAUGACGUCAGGGUACGUCCGUCCGUCCAAACUUCCUUACGGACUUGGCAGGGAGCGAUCUUUUGAAUUAAUUCUCUUUGAUUAUUCUGCAGAUCAGAGAGAGGUUCAAAAGAAGAAUACGCGUGAUAUUUCCAGCUGCCAGCAAUGGAACUACAAGCGUUAAAAGACAUUCUGACCUCAAUGGCAGCAGCAGCGGAAUCCUUUCCCUGAGAAAAAUUGAAGUUAUGCCCAUAAGUACCGAGAGCCUAGUGAAAUCACCAUGA